AUGUCUCGUAUCCCUCCAGGACCGUCUAACAAGAACACCUCCAAAUACACACCUGCUGAAAGGGCACUCAUUGAUGUUUUUAAGGCAGAGUAUUUGGCUACGCUCACUCCUUCCCUUCGCACUACAUUGUUAACAACCAAAGUGUAUUCCGCUUUUGCCAGUCAUUGGGAUGCACAUGGGAAGAAAUAUAAUCCUGAUCAUGAGAGGGCUGAAUUAUGCAAGUGGGCCCGAAACCUGUGGAGAAAGCCCCAGGUAGAGGGCGCAGUGAAGCCACAAUCCAGUGUCAUCAAUAUCAAAAAAUCCGAUGUUGUAUCUCGCUACCGAAAGGAUGAAGUAGAAAAAGAGAUUGAUACCAUUCUUGGUCCAGUUGAUGCCCGUGAUCGUCAGAAACGAUUUAAUGUAAGGGCUACUGCAAUCAAGAAUAUCAUAGCCAGACUUUCGCCGGAGGAAUUGGCCAAACUAGAAGAUCAGGUUGCUAAAAUUGCUGAGGAAGGGCAUCCGGUGGAAGUACGACGACAACUAGCCGAAAAGAACUUUGAAAAACGUCUUAACGACAGCGCUACUGCCAACUGGCGUGAAUUGGGAAUGUUAUCAAUUACAUUCGCAACAUACGAGGAUUCUUCAGGUAGACUCCAUGUUGAGGUACAUGAUCAAAUUGCCGAGUUGUUGAACCUCAAAGAUGUGGCCGACGUCAAAGCAUUUGAAGAAAUACAUGCUGCUAGUGCUCGUGGAAUGCAGCGCCUUGUAAUGGAAUACGUACGAGAUAUGCUGAACUUGUCAAGGGGAAAAAAAGAGGCCAGUGUCCCAGGUGCGAAUAUCUUCACAACAGGCCAACAUGGUUUUCCUGUUAUCGGGCCUACAUAUGAUCGGGAUAAGCUCGACAAAGAUGAUGCGGAGAGGCUUUAUCGAAAAUACCUUUCCAAACAUUAUGAACUUGCGUCAAAUGGAAGAACAGACCAAGUGCCAUGGGGCGACAUAGUGGACAAUGUAUCCAUCUUUAUUGCUCCUGAAUAUCUGCCGGCAGACGAAUAUGAGUUUACCGAUCCCCACAAUACAAAAAUCAAACACAUCAAAAGCUUCCUUGACCAUAUCGUUGAACGGGAGAAAUCAUUGCCUCCAUCCCAGGUUUUUCGUUUCAAAAAUGUCACCUCGCGUAGACGGCAAGGCCUCAUCGUACCUUCGUGCUAUCCCGACGAAAUGGAUGGUGAAAAUCGAUCUGUCAAUCCUACUGCUCGUAAACGCAAGCGUAAGGAGAAAGGCAACAACGUACCAACAGUCACAGUUCACCAGCGCGGAGGUGAGGGUGAAAGCUCUGCAAACGAUGGAGACAUCGGCGAAGAUGGCGAGGAUGGCAUAACAUCCCCCGAGCUGAGCGCAAAUGAUGCAUCUUUGACAGAUGUGAAUAUGUUUGAAGAUGCUUUGCAUUUAACAGAGCCAGACUUUACCAUGGUUUCUGUUUCUCGUGACAUCUCCAUGCCUUCUAGUCCUGACAAGAUCGAGAAUGCCGAAGGUAAUGGCGAGCACCAAGGCGAAAGUACCACAAUCCAAGGCGAGCACGGCAAACUCGACCAACUUGACCAAGGCGAGCACGGCGAACUCGACCAACUUGACCAAGGCGAGCACGGCGAACUAGACCAACACAACCAAGCAACCAGUACUUCUUCCAAUAUGCCCGACCUUUACUUACAAGGAGACAAGGACAUGGAGGAUUUUACAAUAACAGAGACGGACGCACUACUCUUGGAACACUAUGCCAACUCUAAAGCAUUCGAGCUAUCGCUUGCACAGGGGAAUUGGGAUUCAAAUGGAUUGGGCGAGGCAAUGGCGAAUCGUUUAGACGAGAGAGGCAUGGCGAAUUCCAGCAAUAUUUCGUCGACCUGGCGAGGUCUGGACAAUGCAGAUCCCGGAAAUUAUCCAAAAGAUCUCACCUUCACCGAACUACUCUUUGGCCCCACAGAGGUGGGAGUCACCAAUACUAUCGGAGAGUCAACAUAUACUGCACCCGCUGCACCUGCAAUCUCUAUUGCAGAAAAUUCGAAGUCCAAUUGGCCUUCGGCAGAAGAUCCAGCCGUCGAGGCACAUAUUGCCAACAGAGGUAAUAUGGAAACAUUUGUUGGAAAUUCAAUGCUUGGCUCUUUCCAUACAUGGAGCAGUGCGAACAACGCAACAAAUUCAAACAUGCCAGAUGACCCUAAUGUGGCAAUUCCUAUUUCCAAUGAAAUGAGGGCCGAGCCAAUGAACUUAGCAAUAAACAAGACUAUGGGACAAACGGGACCAACCUCACCGGUGACCAACCAAACCCCAGAACUUGCCGUUCCCAGUAGCUCAAAUAACACGGAUCAGAGUAAUCUAGUAUGGCGUACCUUCAAUCCUGACAAUACUAGAGUCCGCCCUAGGCCAAGGCCUCGUCCUAAACACAAUGAAGAAGGUUCUCCGAGCAAGAUUGUUCGUGACAUACUCACAUCAGUUCCACUCGUUCCACGCAUUAGUGGUGCCAGCACAUCCUCGGUUCCAUUGGUUAGCAAUGAACGACCUCGGCCUGAGCCCAGUGCCAUAUCCAAGGACUCGAAAAGUGGGAAAGGUAAAAAUAAAGCAGGUAAAGCCUCGCAGAAAAGGGAAACAUCUCAAAGUGAUGACGUCAAGCUGGCUGGAGGCUCCAGGAAACACCUCACCGCAGACGAUCUUGCAGCAAAAGAAGCGGAAGAAAUGAAGGUUGAAGGCAAGCGUGUCCGUAAGAAAAGAUUACUAGAGUAA